AUGGCGAUCAAGAACAGCUCGAGCUUCAAUCUUUCGGCUGCACCAUCUGCCUUUCUUGCACAAUUGCUGAUCAUAUCGGUGACAGUGCUUGUGCUCAUUUGGGUUUUGCAUUUUCGUGAAGGCAUUGCUUUUAACUCACAAAACAAGUUCAAGAUCUUCAAUUUGCAUCCUCUGUUCAUGGCAGUUGGGUUUUUGUUGAUAGCCGGUGAAGCUAUCAUGACUUACAAGAUAUUACCAGCCGGCAAUAGAAAGUUGCAAAAGGGAGGUCACCUGCUCCUUCAUUUAAUCGCCCUUAUAUGUGGGAUUUUAGGAAUUUAUGUUGUUUUCAAGUUCAACAAUGAGACUAGUGGCAAACACUUGUACACCUUCCAUUCAUGGAUUGGUUUAUCUUCGGUCGCUCUCUUUGGUUUUCAGUGGAUUCUUGGAUUCUUCUCAUUUUGGUGGCCAAGAGCAGAAAUGGGAGCAAGGGCUAGGUUAGCUCCAUGGCAUGUCUUCUUCGGCAUUGUCAUAUUCUUGAUAGUUGUAUUGAGCGUUGAGACUGGCUUGGUGGAGAUCUUUACAAUACUUGUUCUUACCCGGAGUCAAGAAGCUCUCAUCGUCAACUUCAUCGGAGUACUUGUGCUCCUUUUUGCUGUAUCAGUUGGUCUCACUGUCAUUCUUCCAAGAUCCUAUAACUAUUAA